CCUCCAUCCCUUCCUCUUUUCCUCCCCCUCUGCCUCGCACUCUCUCUGUAUAUCUCUCUCUCUCUCUCGCUGUUGCCUCUCGAGAAACUCUUGAAGAAAGAUCGAGACCUCUGUCUUUGGCUCCUCGGCUUUGCCACUGUGCUGUUGCAUUGCAGUUCGCGAGCACCCGAGUUACUUCAUCACAGUCUGAAUCAUGGAGUACGAAGAGCGCUGCCUCAUGGUCCAGGAGCCCAAGUUCGACUGCCUGCUCUUUGACCUCGACGACACUCUGUACCCGAUGAGCUCGGGGAUUUCAUCUCAUGUCAAGACCAACAUUGAAGAUUACAUGGUUGAGAAGCUGGGUAUUGAAGAGAGCAAGAUUGAAAACCUAGGGAAUCUGCUGUACAAGAACUACGGCACAACGAUGGCUGGCCUCAGGGCAAUUGGCUACAACUUCGAUUACGAUGAGUACCACAGUUUUGUCCAUGGAAGACUGCCGUACGACAACAUCAAGCCCGACCCUGUUCUCAAGCACAUUCUCAAGAACAUGCGCAUCCGCAAGCUCAUAUUCACCAACGGCGACAUGGUCCAUGCCGUGAGAGCCCUCAAGAGGCUGGGCUUGGAGGACUGCUUCGAGGGGAUCAUCUGCUUCGAGACCCUGAACCCGCCGUGCCUGUUGCCGGGCGACCAGGCCCUGGAGAUCUUCGACAUCGCCGGCCAUUUCGCCGGCUCCGGCAGCACCGACGAGCUGCCCAGGACGCCCGUCCUGUGCAAGCCCAACGUCGACGCCAUGGAGGCGGCACUCAGGAUCGCCAACGUCAACCCUUAUAAGGCGAUUUUCUUCGACGACAGCGUGCGCAACAUCCAGGCCGGGAAGCGAAUUGGUCUCCACACAGUGCUGGUUGGCACGUCGCACCGGGUGAAGGGCGCAGAUCACGCGCUGGAGAGCAUCCACAACAUCAGGGAGGCGCUGCCAGAGCUGUGGGAGGAGGCCGAGAAGACAGAGGACGUGCUCUACUCCGACCGCGUCGCGAUCGAGACCGCGGUGACCGCGUAGGCUGAUCUCCCGGUGCGCCGUCGGUCUGAGAUAUGACCCCAAAACACACGACCCGAUCAAAUUCGCCAUCCCCAGAUAGCCUUCCUGCCGGAACUGGUGAUCUUCACGUGGAAAUUCAGCAUUGGCCGGGACAAGAAUUUCCAACAAGAGGAGGGGGGGAGUUAAGCAAGUCAGGAAAGCGAACGCAGCAUUGUACAUCAAACUGGGCUGGUCCUACCGUUCUACUUAGUAUCUAUAUAUGUACCGAUCAGAUCUUUGCUUGUAAAUUUCAACUAGGAGCAAUAAUAAUAAUAAAACCGGGUUACCUGUAUCUGAAUUAUAUGUGCGUAUUUAUAUAGCUGAAGCAAUAAUAAA